AUGAUUGGUGAAAUGGAUGUGGAUAGUGUUGUAGACUACUUCAGGGGCAAGAGCAUCCUCAUCACUGGAUCAACGGGGUUCCUAGGAAAAGUGCUUGUUGAGAAGAUAUUGAGGGUUCAGCCUGAUGUCAAGAAGAUCUUUCUCUUGAUUCGGGCCUCCAAUGUUGAAUCCGCAAAGUUUCGGAUUCAAAAUGAGGUCAUAGGGAGGGAGAUCUUUCAAGUGCUCAAAGAAGAACAUGGUGUGGGGUUCCAUAAUUUCGUCGAAGAAAAGAUCUGUCCUUUGGUGGGAGACAUCAUGCAUGAGGACUUUGGACUAGACACUGCCAAGCUGAGAGAAGUGUCGAAGGACAUAGACAUUAUUGUCAACGUAGCUGCCACUACGAAAUUCUCUGAAAGAUAUGAUGUGGCUUUCAAUGUGAAUGUCUUGGGAGUGAAGCAUGUUUGUGCAUUCACAAAGAAGUGUAUUAAGCUCAAGAUGUUGCUUCAUGUUUCAACGGGUGUGAUUGGUGAACAAGAAGGCCUAAUAGCAGAGAAGGCAUUCUUCAUGGGCGAGACACUAAGGGUGGGCACACAUUUGGAUAUCGAAUCUGAGCUAAAUCUGAUCAAAGAGACCAGGAGAGAACUAAGAGAUGCUGGUUCCACGGAGAAAGAUGAGAGGAAAGUCAUGGAGAAACUUGGCCUCAAGAGGGCACGAAACUUUGGGUGGCCAAACACCUAUGUCUUCACUAAGGCAAUGGGGGAGAUGAUGAUGGGGCUCUUGCGAGGGGACUUUCCAGUGGUCAUCAUCCGCCCGAGCAUCAUAACCAGUACACUCAAGGAGCCAUUGCCUGGAUGGAUGGAAGGAAUUAGGUGUUGGAACUCAAAAUUGAAUUCUUGA